AUGCUUGGUGUAAUCCUCCUCCUGGCAGUCCUCACAGGGCUGUUGUUCCUCAUGGCCAGGGACAGUACAAAGACUCGUGGACGUCUCCCUCCGGGUCCUCGGCCCUUGCCAAUCUUGGGGAACCUCCUGCAGAUGGACAGGAAAGGUGCCCUCCAAUCCUUCCUGAAGAUGCAAGACCGGUACGGGGAUGUGUUCACUCUGUACCUGGGACCAAGAAGAGUGGUCGUGCUCUGUGGGACAGAGGCCAUUCGGGAGGCUCUGGUGGACCAGGCUGAUGCCUUCUCUGACCGGGCGAAAAUGGCUGUAUUUGACUUAGUAUUUCAGGAUUAUGGUUUAUUCUUUUCUAAUGGGGAACGCUGGAAGGUGCUUCGGCGAUUCUCUCUGGUCACCCUGAGGGACUUCGGGAUGGGAAAGCGGAGUGUGGAGGAACGGAUCCAGGAGGAGGCUCAGUGUCUGGUGAAGGAGCUGAGGAAUAUCAAAGGAACGCUCCAGGAUCCCACCUUCUUCUUCCAAGCCAUCACCGCCAAUAUCAUCUGCUCCAUUGUCUUUGGGGAACGUUUCUCCUACCAAGACCCUGAGUUUCUUCAACUGCUGAACCAGUUUUUAGAGACAUUUGCUAUCGUGAGCUCCUUCUCCACCCAGGUGUUUGAGAUCUUCUCUGGCUUCUUGAAGCACUUUCCUGGCCCACACAGGCAGAUCAAUGAAAGGAUGAAGAAAGUCAGCGCCUUCAUUGCUUGCAGUGUGGAGAAGCACCGUGAGACUCUGGAUCGCACUGCUCCCCGUGACUUCAUUGAUACCUUCCUGAUCCGCAUGGAAAAAGAGAAGUCCGACCCCAAUACUGAAUUCCAUCACAAGAACCUCGUCAUCUCUGCACUCUCUCUCUUCUCUGCUGGCACAGAGACCACCAGCACUACACUCCGCUAUGGAUUACUGAUCAUGCUCAAAUACCCCCACAUCACAGAUAGAAUCCAGAAGGAGAUUGAACAGGUGAUCGGCUCAGAUCGAGCUCCAGCCCUCAAGGAUCGAGCCAACAUGCCAUACACCGAUGCCGUCAUCCAUGAGAUUCAGAGAUUUGCAGACCUCUUCCCCAUUGGGAUGCCUCGCAUUGUCACCAAAAACACACACAUCCGAGGGUACUUCAUCCCAAAGGGUACUGAAGUACUUCCCAUCCUGAGCUCUGCUCUCAAUGAUCCACAUUACUUUGGAAAACCAGAAACCUUCAAUCCUGAUCAUUUUCUGGAUGCCAAUGGGGCAUUGAAGAAGAGCGAUGCCUUCAUGCCCUUUUCUCUAGGGAAGCGCAUCUGUCUUGGAGAAGGCAUUGCCCGCCAGGAAUUAUUUCUCUUCUUUACUACCAUCCUGCAGAACUUCAACCUGGCCACCAACUUGGCCUCUGAGGACAUCGACCUCACUCCCGUGGAGUGUGGUAUUGGCAAAAUCCCCCCACCAUACAAGAUCCGCUUCCUGGAGCGCCAUGGAGACUAA